AUGGGAGAAGCAGCUCAUAACCACCAACAGCCACCGCCACAGCAAGCGGCGGCAGCAGCAGCAGCACCACCACCAGCGCCAUCACUCGCUCUUUCAAAAGGUCCCACUUGGACUCCGGCUGAACAACUCCAGCAGCUCCAGUACUGCAUCCACUCGAAUCCUUCCUGGCCUGAGUCAUUUCUACUGGCUUUCCAACACUAUAUUGUGAGCCUUGGAACUACGGUCUUGAUUGCACGUAAUCUUGUGCCUCAAAUGGGCGGGGACCCUGGUGAUACUGCCCGUGUGAUUCAAACGUUGCUGUUUAUGGCAGGAGUCAAUACACUGCUUCAGACAAUCAUUGGAACACGGCUUCCCACAGUGAUGGGUCCUUCAUAUGCUUUUGUACUGCCAGUGUUAUCAAUCAUCAGAGAUUAUAGUGAUGAAACUUUCUCAAAUGAGCAUGAUAGAUUUGUACACACUAUGAGAACUAUACAAGGAUCACUCAUUGUUUGUUCCUUUACCAACAUCAUUCUCGGGUAUAGCAAAGCAUGGGGUAAUUUGACAAGGUUCUUUAGUCCCAUUACUGUCGUACCUGUGGUUUGUGUUGUGGGUCUUGGUCUAUUUAUGAGGGGCUUUCCGCUUCUUGCCAACUGUGUGGAGAUUGGCCUGCCUAUGCUGAUUCUGCUUGUUAUUUGUCAGUAUUUGAAGCAUCUCCAUCCCAGGACCCAUCCUCUACUUGAGAGGUUUAGUGUACUCGUCUGCAUUGGUAUUAUUUGGGCUUUUGCUGCUAUCCUCACUGUUGCUGGUGCUUACAACAAUGUGGGGAACCAAACCAAACAGAGUUGCCGCACAGACCGAUCAUAUCUUAUAGCAUCUGCUUCAUGGGUUAAAGUCCCAUACCCCUUUCAAUGGGGUGCACCUAUAUUUAGAGCAAGUCAUGUCUUCGGGAUGAUUGGGGCAGCACUUGUUUCGUCUGCAGAGUCAACUGGAACAUUUUUUGCUGCUGCACGGCUUGCGGGCGCUACACACCCUCCAGCUCAUGUUCUUAGCCGAAGUAUUGGUCUACAGGGUGUUAGCUUGCUGCUUGAUGGAAUUUUUGGUGCUGCUGUUGGUACCACUGCAUCUGUUGAAAAUGUUGGGCUUCUUGGACUCACACACAUAGGGAGCCGAAGAGUGGUGCAGAUUUCAACUGCUUUCAUGUUCUUUUUCUCCAUCUUUGGGAAAUUUGGUGCCUUGUUCGCGUCUAUUCCACUGGCAAUAUUUGCUGCCAUAUACUGUGUUUUAUUUGGCAUUGUUGCUGCAAUUGGGAUUUCGUUUAUACAGUUUUCAAACAAUAAUUCCAUGAGAAACCACUAUGUUUUGGGUCUGGCCUUGUUCCUUGGGAUGUCAAUACCCCAGUAUUUUGUCAGUAAUACCACGGGGGAUGGACAUGGACCAGUUAGAGCAGAUGGUGGAUGGUUCAAUGACAUAUUGAAUACACUUUUCUCAUCACCACCAACAGUAGCGAUGAUUGUUGGGACGUUGCUUGAUAACACAUUGGACGCAAGGCGCACAGUAAAUGACCGAGGAAUUCCAUGGUGGAAGCCUUUCCAGAGCAGGAAGGGUGAUGUUAGAACUGAGGAGUUCUACAGUAUGCCCCUCAGGAUAAACGAGUGGAUGCCCACCAGAUUUCUUUGA